AAUUUAGUGAUCAUCCCUAAGUCACACGUCUUCGCUCAGCACCGAGCAGCAGAGUAGCAGAGUUCAGAUAGCUCUUGGUGUUCAUUUAACAGGAGGUUUCGUUUACUUAAUUCUUUUGACGCUCUCAAGAUCUUAUCGGAUCAUGGCAACCCACGAAUUCUUUGUUGAUAUGACCUGUGAGGGAUGUUCUGGAGCAGUCACCCGGGUUCUUAAAAAAAUAGAUGUCAAGUUUGACAUUGACCUUCCUAACAAGAAGGUCUUCAUCGAGUCAGACAAAGACAGUGAUGUUCUUCUAGAGACGCUGAAGAAGACUGGAAAAACUGUCACUUACAUCGGCACAAAAUAGAGGAUGCUCAGCAUUUAACAGCUUUUCUACACCAUGUUGUAAUUCCUGACAAGAUUAUGGAUGGCUGUGUGAUCACGCUCUUCAAGAAUGAGGUGUGUGACUGUGGGGACCAGUGGAACAAGCUUCUAAAACCUGUCCUGAUGUGCACCAUGAUAAUCAAUUCAAAUGCUAAUUAAUGAAAUAUUAGUAUCUAAUGCAACAUAGUUUUAGUACAAUGGCUCCUUUUGUGGCUGCAAUAUAACAACUAAGUAUAGACAUAGUCUGCUACUGUAUUGUCUGAUCAUGAAAAAAAGCCUGUUUUCUUGCCUGUUUGGAAUUUGAAAUUAAUAAAAUGAAUACAUUUAAGUAUUAAA